AUAUAUUAGGGGGCGCGCUUCGGAUGCUUUAGUAUAGCUCCGUAACUUCAGCGCGCAUCAACAUGGCCUCCGCGAAAUUGCUACUUUUCACUGCCCUGGUGGCCAUUAUGGCAGCCAACUGCUCGGCUGGACUUUUGGACUCCCUUUUCGUACCCACCGUUAUUACGGAAUACUACAACUCAGCUCCUACCAAGGAGGGUUACCGCUUCAACAUUGAUGACCCUAAUGGAAGCAAACGCGAGGAAAUUGGUGUCAUCAUGAACCCAGGAACUGAAAAUGAACAGCUGGUGGUCAUGGGUACCUACUCCACAUAUGAUGAGAAGACUGAUACCGAUACUGUUACGAUGUACACCGCCGAUAAGGAUGGUUACAAGGCCCGUUACCAAAUUAAGAACCGCAAACUGAGCCCUGGAGCCCUGAAGUCCGCUGCUGGUUAAGCCUUUGAUAGAUUAGAAUUGUAAACAAAGCUUUAAAAAAUAUAUUUUCUUCUGCUGAAA